GCCUCACCAAGAUUUUACAGAAUAAAUGCGGAGGGAUUCUAAUUCCUUCCUUCCUUCCUUCCCAUAUAAAAACAACUCUCGCCGUCUCUGAAAGCGAAACCCAAAUCCAAACCCUACCUACUUUUCUCAAACCCACGCCAACAUGCUUGGCGCUAUAAGGCGAAGACUCGUCUCUGGAGCCUCCUCUCCUUCGAUUUUGGGCCGCUCAUUGUCUUCAAUCCGACCUAUUGCAAACAAGGAGAUUUUACCUCAAAUCGGAGGAGGAUUGGGUCAUGUGCGCAAUUAUUCUCACCUCAUUUUAGCCGGUUCAUCGCAUUGUAUCAGAACUCCGAGGGAUGUUGGAAGCUCUAUUCAGCCAGAGCCUAUCAGGCAAAUGUGGAGCAGGCCCUUUUCUUCUGAGACUGGGGAUUUGGUUGAUGCUGUUGUGCCUUUUAUGGGUGAAUCUAUUACUGAUGGAACUUUGGCGACAUUCUUGAAGAAGCCUGGAGACUGGGUGGAAGUUGAUGAACCAAUUGCUCAAAUUGAAACAGAUAAGGUCACGAUCGAUGUUGCUAGUCCUGAAUCCGGUGUAAUUGAGAAGUUUGUAGCCAAUGAAGGGGAUACUGUGGAACCAGGCACCAAGAUUGCUAUCAUACUAAAGUCCGGUGAAGGUGUAUCCCAUGUGGGUCCAUCUGAGAAAACACUGGAGGAAGCUAUUCCACAACCAGCUUCCCCUGUAGAAACAAUUAGCAAGAAUGAAACAUCUAAAGUUGAAACAACUCCAGUUACCGAUAAGCCUAAAGGACCCUCCCCACCAUCUCCCAAACCCUCAGCUCAAGAACCUCAGCUCCCCCCUAAGGAACGAGAAAGACGAAUUCCUAUGACAACGCUUCGGAAACGAAUUGCUAAAAGAUUGAAAGAUUCACAGAACACAUAUGCAAUGCUUACAACAUUCAAUGAAGUUGAUAUGACAAAUUUGAUGAAUCUUCGUUCUGACUUCAAGGAUGCAUUUGUUGAGAAGCAUGGGGUCAAGUUGGGGCUUAUGUCGGGAUUCAUCAAGGCUGCUGUCAGUGGGCUCCAAAAUCAGCCUACUAUUAAUGCAGUCAUUGAUGGGGAUGAUAUCAUAUAUAGAGAUUACAUAGAUAUAAGUGUAGCCGUGGGUACUCCAAAGGGCCUUGUUGUGCCAGUUAUUCGUAAUGCUGAUAAGAUGAAUUGUGCUGAGAUAGAGAAGGAGAUCAAUUUCCUCGCAAAGAAGGCAAAUGAGGGACGUCUUUCAAUCGAUGAGAUGGCUGGAGGUUCAUUUACAAUAUCCAAUGGUGGAGUUUAUGGAAGCCUUAUAAGUACCCCCAUCAUCAACCCUCCUCAGUCGGCAAUCUUGGGUAUGCACUCAAUAGUGACCCGGCCAAUGGUUGUUGGGGGUGAGAUUGUCCCGCGGCCGAUGAUGUACAUUGCUCUUACCUAUGACCAUAGGCUGAUUGAUGGAAGAGAGGCAGUUUACUUCUUGCGUCGUGUUAAAGAUGUUGUGGAGGACCCAAGGAGGCUUCUCCUUGAUGUAUGAGGCCAAUCAGGAGUUGAAGUCGUACAAGGUAUCUCUCUGGUAUUCAAGAAUACAGUAUACUUUGAAUACGUAAACAUCAAUUUUUGUAGGGGUUAUUUUGUUGAUUGAGACCUUAGGUGGAACUUCAAGUGCGGCCGGUGGUUGUUAUAUCUGAAAUGAUAACUUUGGCAGGGUGUGUCAAAAUUAGUUGCUUGACCCAAUUCUAGUUGUUUUGUGCUUUAAUGAAUCUCUUGGAAGGGAUUUUGUCUCCAAGUGACACAAGUUUGUUCAAAUCUUGCCUUCUAUGUGAUUCUGCAAUGGCAUAUUGACUUGGACUGUAAUCAACCGUGUGUCUCAUGUUUUGAAUGGGUUGUUUUGUUUGA